AUGUGGGACAUAUCACAGCAGAAAUACAUCGGUGGGGAUGAAGACUAUGAGAACGUCCCGUCUCCCUGGAUGGGAUCCUUCGACAAGCUUCGUGGGGAAAUGAAUCGCAUCGAUGCACACAUCUAUAAGAGAGUUGUUCGUGAAGGACACGAGGAAAGAGAUCCAGUGCCGGAUAAAGCCCGAGUAUCCAUUAGAUACAGGGGCUACUGGGAAGGCGAGAAAGAUGCUUUCGAAGCCUCAGAACUAUGCAAAUUUGAGACUGGCAAGGACAUGGUGCUCCAAGGACUGGAGGCUGCUGUUCGCACUAUGCGUCCUUACGAACAGGCUGACUUCAUCAUAUCGAACAAAGUGCUGAAAUGUCUCUCUCGAAAUCCCAAGAGGAAUGCCCUGUUCCAGGUGGAGGUCAUCGACUACUUUCCAAUAGUGAAAGAUGAGUUACCCGAAGAGGAGCUCGAUAAGUUCUAUGUCGUUUAUCCCAAGGCAAAGGACUUUUAUCAGGAAGCCAAGAUUUGGGUGAAGCGCUUGCGUUACCCAAAUGCAGUUUCCACUUUUCAAAAGGGAAUCAACUCCUUAAAAUCUUGCCGAAUAACGAAUUCCGAGGAGGAGCAACAGCAAACCGAACUGCUGAUAAACAUUUCCCAAGGUCUAAUGAUCUGCUACAAUAACAUGAACAAACCGAAGUGUGCCUGCGUCGUGAUGAAGGAUAUUCGCCGUCUAACAAGGAACAAUCCUUCUUGGAGGGCGCUUUUUCAGGAGGGACGAGCCUUGGUCUCCUUGGGGGAUCACCAUCGAGCCCGGAAGUCCUUAAUUCUGGCACAGAAGAAGCAGCCGGAAAACCAGUUCAUUAAGGAUGAGAUAGUCAGCAUCAACCAGAGGAUCAGAAAUCUCGAGGAGGCUAGGCAGGAAAUCAUCGAACGAACCGAGGAUCGUAAAAUGAAGCUGUGGAUACCUUAA